CGGUCCCCGUUUUCUGGCCGAGACCCCGGAAGCGAGGGUGUUGCGGCGGCGUUGGCGGCGUUGUUGUGGGCGCUCCUCUCGGUCCUCGUCAUGGGGAAGACGGACUUCCUGAGCCCGAAGGCCAUCGCCAACCGCAUCAAGUCGAAGGGGCUGCAGAAGCUGCGCUGGUAUUGCCAGAUGUGCCAGAAGCAGUGCCGGGACGAGAAUGGCUUCAAAUGCCAUUGCAUGUCAGAAUCUCACCAGCGACAGCUGCUGCUUGCGUCUGAAAAUCCGCAGCAAUUCAUGGAUUACUUCUCAGAGGAAUUCCGGAAUGAUUUCUUAGAACUUCUUAGAAGAAGAUUUGGAACAAAGAGAGUCCACAACAACAUAGUAUAUAAUGAAUACAUUAGUCAUCGGGAACACAUCCAUAUGAAUGCCACCCAGUGGGAAACGCUGACAGAUUUUACGAAGUGGUUAGGGAGAGAAGGUUUCUGUAAAGUGGAUGAAACACCCAAAGGCUGGUACAUCCAGUACAUUGACAGAGACCCUGAGACGAUCCGUAGGCAGCUAGAGCAAGAGAAGAAGAAAAAGCAGGACCUUGAUGAUGAAGAGAAAACAGCCAGAUUCAUCGAAGAGCAAGUCAAGAGAGGCUUGGAGGGGAAAGAACAGGAAGAGCCAGUCUACACAGAACUGACCAGAGAAAAUGAGGAGGAGAAAGUGGUGUUUAACUUGAACAAAGGAGCCAGCACCUCGGGGGCUGCACAUCCGAAAGCCAGUUUGCUUGGAUCCAGCGCCCUGAAGGCUGUGGGAACAGCCUCAACCGCCAAGCGUAAAGAAACGCCACCGAAUUCGGGGCAGUCCAAAGAAAAGAAAAAGAAGAUCUCGGCGCUCGAUGAGAUCAUGCAGUUUGAAGAAGAGAAGAAAAAGUCUGCCCGGGCAGAUUACUGGCUUCAGCCUGAAAUUGUAGUCAAGAUCAUAACAAAGAAACUUGGUGAGAAAUACCAUAAAAAGAAGGCGGUUGUUAAGGAGGUGAUUGACCAGUACACGGCAGUGGUCAAGCUGAUCAAUUCUGGAGAUAAGCUGAAACUUGACCAGACGCACCUGGAGACUGUGAUCCCGGCACCAGGCAAAAAGGUGUUGGUCUUAAACGGAGGCUACAGGGGCAACGAAGCCAUCUUAGAGUCCAUCAACGAGAAAGCCUUUUCGGCAACCAUAGUCAUUGACUCUGGGCCUCUGAAAGGACGUCAGGUUGAGGGCGUCCCGUAUGAAGACAUCUCCAAGUUGGCCAGAGACAACUGAGAACCCUGAUGGAUCGCAGGAGACAUCCCUUCUCUUCAGAAUGCCAGUGCGCCAGACUCCACUGUGUCGGAGUUUCAAUAUUGUAUAUUUUGGAAAGCAAACUGGAUUUUACAAAGCCACCUCGUUGUUAGUCAUGGGCAGAUCUUGUGCUGGAGAGGCUUCUGUAUUUGUAUGCAUUGGCCUCAACUCUCUGGAAGCUUCUGGGUCAUAUGCUGCCAGCCAUAAAUGGCUGGACCCUUGCAGAUGCUCUGUGGAACUCUCAGUAGCUUUUAUUUCAGGCAAUAAGCAAACAGAACUGGUUGUCUGCAAGUAGAACUGCACUUAGGAUCCCCAGAGCAUUGCUGAAGCUCCUUUCGGAUCGGGACUGGUGCCUGUGUGUCUGGGCGGGAACCCCACACUGCUGGAGAGCGCCUGGUUUGAGGAAGGCUUACCUAACCUGGAGCUGCUUCUGACUGCUCAGGUACCCUCAGGAGAGUCCAACCACAGAAUCUGCUCAGGAUCUGGACAGGCAGCACGGGCUCCCCUCUGCGCUGGCCACCUUUUCCUGUCCCACAGCAGCUUUUUGUGACACUCAGGAAGCCAGAUGGAGAUGCUCCUAAGUCCUGGAGCAGCCGUCUCCGAUCUGCUGCAUGCCAGACAUUCUGAACUACAACUCCCAGCUUUCCUGGCCAUUGGCCAUGGUGCCUGGCGAUGAUGGGAGUGGAAGGCUCGUGUACCUAGAGGACGCCAGCUUUGCAAGGCUACCCUGGAGCACCUUAGAAUCUCCUGUAAAUGGUCUGAGAGCCUGCUGCAGGGUUAUCCCUCCCUGUGUGACUGCAGCAGGAGUAUUAGUUUAUGGCUGGAGGGUAGCAACUGCGCCAUUUAAUCUUCCUUUUUUCUGUUUUCCCAUGUCACUGCACUUGCCUGAGCACCGGCAUCAUCCCCAACUUGUAAACAAAAUGUAUAGUUUGUAUAAUUAGUUGUACAGUGAAUUUUUACUGCCAUGUAGAAACGAGCAAAGGAAUCUUUGUGGGUGUGGUGUUUUCUUUGGGCAACACGUCUACCCAGUGAUGAGGCCUCUUCACCUACAGGUCUCUCUUUCAGCGACAGAAAGUGUAAAAUGCAUACCCGUGUGGAUUUCUUUCCAGCAUCCUCAAUACUGUCAGUCCACCAGAAAGUCCAAAUUUAAUUUUGGAAAGGGAUUUAUUUUAUUCCCACUUGGACUCAGAUCUGACAGUAGGAGUGGACCCCCAUGGCUGAGCCUCAAUAACCAUUCCUGAGCUGAAUGAAGAUUGCAGUCUCGCGAGUGAUCUUAAGUCAGUAUUUUCAAGGAUUUAAAGUUUCUGCAUUCCGAUUUUGAAACCUGCACAAUAUUUGGUGGGCAAGAACCACAAAACGUGCAGGUGGAAUACUUUGCCUGAGCACCUGUCUCUGGUGCUGCGAAGCUGGCUCCUACUUUCUCUUUUUUUCACUGUAUGAAAUUUCAACUUUUGAACUUCAGAGCCAAACAUUCUUGUCUGGAACGCUGAUAAAGUUUUGAAUGUGAAAUAUUUAAAUUAUUCAAAUUUUAAA